GACAUGUUAUAGUGUCAAUAGUGUUACUUAACACAACUUUGUCACUUGAUAUCGUUAAAAAACCCAACUUACAUGUGUGUGUGUUUUUUGAAACAUGCUCAACCAUGUUGAUUUGUCUGCUCAUGUUAAAGUUAGCAAUUGAAGCUAAUGUAAAUAAAAUUGACUUUUUCUAUCCAAUGCACUAAAUAUGAAGCAGAAAUUGUUUUUUACAGUGGUAUACAUCAUGAUUAUGCUAAUAAUUACUCUUGAAAGAACAUUUUCUGAGUUGGUAUUUGUAGAUAUGGUAAAAAUCUUGGUAAAAAAUGGGGAAAUUAUGAUUUUCAAAACUAAUUCCCUUAAAACCCUCUCGAGGCAGGCGUUGCAGAUUUGCAACAGUCAAAUUCUAAUUACCUAAUUACUCCACAUCCAUAUUUAUGAGGAUUUUUUUAUACUCCACUGCAGAACUUAGUUGUGCAUUGGCAACAAACGGUUUCCCACUAGCUUACCAGAUGGCAGUGCCGUCGCACUUCCAACAUGUCUGCCACCUUGAGGUCACUGACAGGGAUUUUCUGUCCCAAUUUCAAGUAAGUAUCACUACCAACCUCCAUUAAUUUCAAACCAAUACUGCGUAAGAUGAAUCAUGAACAUAUAUCGAUACAGUACGUGCCAAAUAGUGGAUUUGAUCUCUUCUGUUUUUUCCCCAGGGGCAGUUCUAUUUCAGCGUUGCAGAUUUGCCACGUGUGGCCGGACAGGAUUUGCAGUGCAGUAUGGCAGGCCGACGAAGAUUUUAUUCACUCGAGGAAGCUGUUGAGAUGGUUUGCCUUCCUGAUGGGGCUUUAUCUGACGCAGGAUCCAUUUCAGAUGAUGAAAUUGGUGAUCCAAAUUUUGAGGAAACUCCUGAAGCAUACCAGUCUGACUCCAGCCUUGAUGAUGAUGAGCCAUUGGCAGCAAUAGCAAGGGCUAAUCGCAACCACCUUGAUGUUGAAGUUCAUAACGUACAUGCAGACAGUGACACUGAGGCGCCAGGUGACGAUGACCCUCAGACAGGCCCAGCUCCAGUCAACAAAGAGUUUUCUUGGAGGCAGAGGAAACCCCCAGCAGCUGACAUAGACUCUUCCUUCCAAGGACCUGCGUUCUCACCUCCACCAGACGAAAUACCAAGUCCAAAGUGGUAUUUUGAUCAGUUCAUGGACAAAUCCGUGUUUGAACAUAUUUCUCACCAAUCUAACCUGUAUGCAGGAAUGAAGGAUGGCCCAGAACUGAAAACAACCCCUUCUGAAAUGGAGCAAUUCAUUGGUUUACACAUCUUGAUGACCGUAGUACGUAUGCCAUCGUACCGCAUGUACUGGCAGACGGCAACACGCUACGACCCAAUUGCAACAGUCAUGGGACGUAAACGGUUUGAUCAUCUGCGAACAUACAUCCAUAUGAACGACAAUACCAAUGUGAAGCAAAAGGGUGAAUCUGGAUACGAUCCGUUGUUCAAGGUGCGACCAGUACUUGAGAAAGUCCGUGCGAACUGUUUGAAAGUUGAACCGGAAGAAAAUCACUGCAUUGAUGAGCAGAUGAUCCCUUUUAAAGGAAAGACUGGAAUUAAACAGUAUAUCAAGAACAAGCCGCAAAAAUGGGGAAUCAAGGUCUUUACUCGUGCAGGCGUCACUGGACUAGUCUAUGACUUUGAAGUAUACACUGGAAAAGGGACUGUGACCAAUGAGUGUGGACUUGGUGUUGCUGGUGAAGUUGUGCUUCGUCUCGUAUCAGAAGUUCCAAAAGGACUAAACUACAAGUGCUUCUUCGACAGUUGGUUCACUUCCCCUGAACUCAUUGUGGAACUGAAGAAAAUGGGAAUUUUAACAGUUGCUUCCAUUAAUCGUAACCGUCUCCGUGGAUGUACACUCAAAAGUGACAAGGAAUUUUCAAAGGUUGGGCGUGGUGCAUAUGAAGUGAAAUACGAAGUGACAAGUGGGAUGGCCAUCGUGAAGUGGAACAAUAACAAGGAAGUGUUACUGGCAUCAUCUUUCAUUGACCCUGAUCCUGUUGAUAGAUGCAGAAGGUGGUCGAAAGAGAAGAAGGAAUAUGUAGAAGUGGACAGACCCCACAUUGUCAAGGUGUACAACAACAACAUGGGAGGAGUAGACUUGGCGGACAUGUUUGCAGCGCUCUAUCGCAUUGAAAUCCGUUCACGUCGUUGGUAUCUGCGCAUCUUGUACUACCUGAUUGACUUAUCGCUGGUCAAUGGCUGGCUCCUCUACCGCCGUCAUCUCACCCAGAAGCAGGAGAAGAAGUACAUGCCGCUUCUUGACUUCCGUGCUCAAGUUGCAGAUGCCCUCAUCAAGGUUGGCAAACAGGGAGACUUGAACAGCAGGAAAAGAGGACGACCAUCAUUGGAAGAUGUUCCAGAACCCCAUCAAGCUGCCUCACCUUCACCUCCACUUCAGAGGAUUGUUGCACCAUCAGUUGAUGUCAGACUAGACCGAUUCGAUCAUUUUCCCAACCAUGCUGAUAAACGUGGACGAUGCAGACUGUGCAAGAGUGGCUACACGCAAACGGCCUGCCUGAAGUGCAAAGUACUGCUGUGCUUUACAAAGGACAAAAACUGUUUCUUGGACUACCACACGAAAAAGUGACAUUCAGACAUUGCCUUCUCAAU